UGAGUGUGGCGGAGAUGGGGAGCCAGGAACCCUCCGAGCCCCCGUCGCCGGGAGACGCGACGCAGAACAGCGCCCGGCCUGCGGACCGCCACGGCCUGUUGAAACACAGCUGUGGGUUCUUGGACUUCUGGGACAUUGCGAAGCCUGAGCAGGAGACGCGACUUGUGGCCGAGAAGCUGCCGGAGUAUCUGCGCGCUAGGCCGAAGAUGGAGCGGCGGAUGAAUACGCCCUGGCGGCUAAUCACGGGACUCGGGGUCGGGCGAGAAACAGACCGCCCCUGCUACAGUUUGGCCCUGGCACAGCUGUUACAGUCUUUUGAAGACCUCCAUUUGUGCAGCAUCCUGCAGCAGAUACAAGAAAAAUAUGACCUGCAUCAGGUGAAGAAGUCAAUGGUGAGACCUGCUGUCUUUGCAGACCUGUUCAGAGUGCUCGCCCUCUUUCAGUCAGGCUGGCUGGUGAAGGACCAGGAGGUGCUGAGGAAGUCAGUGAAGCUGCUGCAGGCCCUGGCCCAGUAUCAGAACCACUUGCAGGAGCAGCCCCGAAAGCCCUGGUGGACAUUCUCUUCGAGGUAUGAGCUCACCAGCCUUAUGGGCUUGGAGACACUUCCUGCUACAAAGACAUAA